AGACAAACUCCACAUUUCUACUUUACUUUUCUUAUACCCAAUUCCAUUCUUUAACAUUCUUUUCUGCUUACAUAUAAAAUAUCUGCUUAUGCCAUUUGCUCUCUACUUUUGUGUAUACUUUCUCAGGUAUUUUUACUCUCAAAGCCAUGAAAGAUCCACAAGGUGCAUAUCAAUCACCCUUUAAGUCGUUAUACGGCAAGUUGCAAGACAUACUCUGCUGUUCUACGUUGCCAAACAACUAUAAGAGACUAGACGCGACCCUUGAGAGGAAAAUGGUGGAGAUGAAGAGGAACCCUUCGAGGAAUAACAAUUUCAAAUCAUUCGACAGCAUAAUCAUGAAAUUCCCUCAGUUCAGAGAGGGGCUGAAAGAGAUCAGGAACAUAUUCGAGCAGUAUGAUGAAGACGUGAAUGGUACUAUUGACAAUGAAGAGCUGAAGAAAUGCUUGCACGCGUUCGAGUUCAGCAUUAGUGAUGAGGAAAUUGGUGAUCUUGUCGCUUACUGUGACAUAGACGACAAGGAAGGGAUACAAUUGAAGGAGUUUAUAGUUGUUGUAUUUCUCAUUUAUCUCCUCAUGGAUGCUCCGGCUUCACCUAACAUGAAACUGAAGAUGUGUUCACCUCAAAUUGAAACAACCUUGAAUGCGAUAAUUGAGGUGUUCUUAUUUCUUGACAAGAACGGUGUUGGGAAGCUGAAGAAGAAGGAUGUCGUCAAGGCACUAAACGAGGCUUCUCCCAAGGAGAAAUCUCCUUCACACAUCACACACAACCGUUUUAAAGAAAUGGACUGGGAUAAGAACGGGAAGGUUAGCUUCAAGGAAUUCCUGUUCUCGUUUAUCAGUUGGGUCGGGUUUGAGUGUGACGAUGAAGAUCAUGAAGAGUAGCUUCUAUAUGACUGAAGCAGGAGACCUGCUUGCAACAAGGUUAAGAGUCAUGUAGAUCUGAUAACUGCUACAAAGUGUACAUGCUGAUUCAUAUAAAUAUUUGUAUGUUCAUUUGUUUGUAUGAUAUUAUGUCCCUACAGUCUUCCUUGAUUGAUUUUGGA